UAAUGUGUGUAGGGAGAUGCAGCCGCAUCGUGGGCCCCUGCUUGCUGGUGCUGGGCAUGCUCUCCGUGGUGGCCAGCAUCCUGCUGCUCUUCCCUGGCGGGUCCUGGCAGUACCUGGUGGAUGGGCACAUCAGCAGGAGGGCAAAGAUCAUGCCAGGCACCUGGGGAGGCGGCGUCAUGGUGCUGCUGGCAGCUAUCCACAUCACUGCUGUGGGAUGGCGAUGCGCCUGCUGCUCCGACUGCGGCACCCGUCGGAACGCCUUCCUCUCUGUUGUCCUCUCCAAGCUGGCUCUCCUGGGCUCUGCCGCCUGCUUCUUCUUCUCGGGGCUGGGUCUGACUGACGGCCCUCUCUGCCUCUACAACACCACUGAGCUCAGCAAUGGCCUUAUCUGGGACUACCCCUUCGUGGACACCCCUAGCAACAGGGCCUUGGAGAAUUUCUACCUGUUCUACCCGAGCACCUGGGGCACCUGCCUGGAGCCGGUGGGCAUCGUGGCAUGGCACGUCACCUUCUUCUCCCUCCUGCUGCUCAUCAGUGCUGCCGAGAUGGUGCUAACCUUCCUCCAGAUCAUCAACGGCUGCGCCGGGUGCCUCUGCGGCUUCUGUGAGAGGAAGGAGGCAGGGCUCUCCCAUGUGCCUGGGGUGAGGUGAGACCAUGUUUCCCAGCUGUGGCCUCUGGGGAGACCACUCCUGCUCACCCCAUGUCUUCCAUUCCGCGACACACCUGA